UAUAGCACACAUUAAUGGACCGAGCUUCACGCCGUUUACCAAAGAGAUAAAAAAAGGAGAGACGUACAAUAAUUAUGUGCACAGCAAGACUUUACAGUCUUUCUUCUUCUCCUCCAAAUCUUCAUAUGUUUUCAACUUUGCUACAUUGAAGCCAGAUACACUGGAGUUUCCGAUUUUGCUGUAGAAGUUUGCCCUGUCAAAUACUAGUAGAUUCCAUUAUCUAUUAAUGGGAAGCAAGUAUUCCAAGGCAACAAAUUCCAUAAAUGAUGCUUCUAACUUGAGUUAUGGCGUUCCUUUUGAAAAUUAUCGAGUUCCUUUUGUAGAUUUGGACGAAGCAACUAACAAUUUUGAUGACAAGUUUUUCAUUGGAGAGGGUGGAUUUGGUAAGGUUUACAGGGGUGUUUUGCGUGAUGGAACAAAGGUCGCUCUGAAAAGGCAUAAUCCUGACUCCCGACAAAGUAUUGAAGAGUUCGAAACAGAAAUUGAGAUUCUCUCAUUUUGCAGCCAUCCGCAUCUUGUUUCAUUGAUAGGAUUCUGUGAUGAAAGAAAUGAGAUGAUUCUAAUUUAUGACUACAUGGAGAAUGGGAACCUCAAGAGCCAUUUGUAUGGCUCAGAUCUACCCACUAUGAGCAUGAGCUGGGAGCAGAGGCUGGAGAUAUGCAUAGGGGCAGCCAGAGGUCUUCACUACCUUCAUACUAACAGAGUUAUACAUCGUGAUGUCAAGUCUACAAACAUACUGCUUGAUGAGAAUUUUGUGCCAAAAAUUACUGAUUUUGGAAUAUCUAAGACAAUGCCCGAGCUUGAUCAAACCCAUCUUAGCACAGUAGUGAAAGGAAAUAUAGGCUACAUUGCCCCUGAAUAUGCUUUGAGGGGACAGCUGACAGAAAAAUCUGAUGUUUAUUCUUUCGGUGUUGUUUUAUUCGAAGUUCUUUGUGCUAGGCCUGCCCUAGAUCGUUCAGAGAUAAUGAGUUUAGAUGAUGAGCCGUUGAAGAUGGGACAGUUGGAACAAAUUGUAGAUCCCACUAUUGCGGCCAAAAUAAGACCAGAGUCCCUCAGGAUGUUUGGAGAAACAGCGAUCAAAUGCUUAGCUCCGUCUAGUAAAAAUAGGCCAUCAAUGGGUGAUGUGCUGUGGAAACUGGAGUAUGCACUUUGUCUCCAAGAGCCUACCAUUCAAGAUGAUCCUGAAUGAUUAUUUGUUCAUGAGCAAGUGUUUCACAUGUUGUAUAUGGUUUCUAUUAAGUUCUUAUUGUAAAAUGAAGUUGGCUUACCUCUCUCUUCUGAGAUUACUCUGGAUGUAUGAUGUGUUGUGAAAUAGAAGUAUAAUGUAACAUCAAAGCUUGUUGUUUUUUCGUUAA